GGUCCAGUGUUGACAGUCUGCUGGUCUAGGCCGUCUCUGUGUGUUGUGUUGGUCGUUCCAGUGUUGUCGUGUGCAGCCAUGGCGGCGGCUCAGCACACCCCCACUAGACUGCUGCACCUGCUGAGCCUCGCGUGUCUUUGGCUCCUGGUGGCCGCUGAGUUCACCCACGACCGCAAGAGAGUGGGGCCUUUAGACAUGGUGCGGGCGGAACACGGGUGCCUGGAGAAGUUUGACGUGAGUGAAAGCACCAUCAUAAGAACGGAGGACUCCCGUAUGCUAGGGGCGCAGUUCCUCAAUGAAUCUGACGUGGGCAACAGGGAAGACUGCCUCGCCCUCUGCUGCGCCACACGAUUCUGUAACGUGGCGGUGUUCGAAGAGAAGCACUCGGGGUCUUGUUACCUGUUUGACUGUGGGAAACACGAGGACCUCAAGUGUCAGUUCACGAGCCACUCCUACUACACCUCUGCCGUGCUGCGCGUCAACAGGCACCAGCUGGAGCUUGGCCUGUGGUCUGAGCAAAGCCAACACGAGGCAGAGCUGGCUAAUCUCAGCAAGGGUUUGGGGGACGCAGGGGAGACCUUGAGUGGGCCAAGGUCACGCAACCUGCCCCCCACCACGCCCCCACAGCAGCCACCACCACCGCCACCUCCCACCCCCUCACGCGUCACCAGCCCCACCACCACCACCGCCCCCACCACACCGCCCACCACCACUACCACAACCACACCCAAGCCGACACUGCCUCGUAAGUAUUCCAUUGAUUUAUGUGUCUCUGUUAAUACAUUUUUGUGUCUAUUAACCCCUUCAGUACUGGGACACAUUUUUACCUUGAGAUUUCUGUACCAUUAGACCAUUUUAUUGACAUUAGGAAAGGU